UUUUGAUCUUUGGUACAGUGUUGUGAAUGUGAUAAUGGGUGUGCGUAAGUUGACAGCUGUUCGUUAGACGUCAGUGAGUUUUGUGUUGAUAUAUCCGCUAUGGAUUUGUCUAAAAUUAAAAAUGAAAAGAAGCUAUAUCUAUGUCGAUGGUACUUCAGAGCGGGCUUUGCAUUUUUGCCAUUUCUGUGGUGCAUAAAUGCUAUAUGGUUUUUUCCGGAAGCAUUCAAACGACCAGAGUAUGAAGAGCAAAAACCUAUCAAGAAAUAUGUGAUUUUAUCUGCGAUUGGAGCUAUUAUUUGGACUAUAAUUCUGGUGUCAUGGAUUGUCAUGUUUCAAACACACAGAGCAGAAUGGGGAGCUACAGCUGAUUACAUGUCUUUCAUUAUACCAACUGGGGUCCCAUAACUGCAGAACUUUGUGGUUUGUGUUAAUCAUUUGUUCUCAGAAGGAGACUAUAAACUGUGAGCCCGUGAUUUUUCAUUAUCUUAAUAAUACUGAACCUAUUGGGAGACAAACUUUGUUUUAAAAGAAGCAUUGUAAAUAUAAUGUAGUAUUGGAAUAAACUUGAGAAACACUGUCAAAA